AUGGAGGAAUCAGACAUCACCCGGCUCCCUUACUUACAAGCCAUAAUCAAAGAGACCUUGCGCUUGCACACGGCAGCUCCAUUCCUAAUUCCUCGCAAAGCCGGAGCUGAUGUAGAAAUCUGCGGGUACGUUGUACCAAAGGGUGCACAAGUUUUGGUCAAUGCAUGGGCCAUAGGCAGAGACCCCAGCAUCUGGGACAACCCGAACUCGUUUAUGUCGGAGAGGUUCUUGGGAUUGGACAUGGAUGUUACAUGUUGA